GUUGAGUUAAUUUAAACAUUCACAUGAGCUAAUUAGUACGGAAAUGAACUUUAUUGUAAUUUCCAUCACUUUUUUAUUGCGUAAGAUGGAUGAAGACAAACUAUCAUGUGGAAAUUAGUAACAUUUCGUGGCUAACAUGGAGCCUUCACGGACUAACCAAUGAUUCAUAUUUGGCUGCAAUGGGGACGCACAAUCCACUUCUUUCAGAGAAAUGUACCAGCUGCUUCUUAGGAUGCUUUGAACUUUAACACGGAUUUUUUUUUUUUGUGCCACUAUUGUCGCUUGGAGAACAUUGGAAAAUACUCCAGGAUUUAUCUUUGCGCAUUGCGUAAUUGGCAAGGAAAUGCGCUUGUCUGUUAGAUAGACUACGCAUAAUGUUGAGACUAAUCUCUGCUGGAAGGCGUUUAUCGCACCGUGUAUGUUGUAAACACAAAUUAAACAAGAAUUAGAGUGUUUAGUAUGUGUCGACAUCAGAUGCUGGUGGCGCUCUGUUGGCUGUUUUUGGUUGUGACGAGGAGCGGAGCAGUUUCCAGAUGUGUGGACCACGCCUGCAGUCCACCCAUUGGGAACCUGGCUAGUGGCAGGACUCUCCUCACUCACUCAAGCUGCUGUGGGAACAGCCCUUGCCCCCAUCCUCCUAUGAUCCCCCACCCCUGCCCCGAGUACACCCACCCAUCUGCUUACAUGACUGAUGACCCUUUCUUGCAUCCAGACACCUGGUGGGCAUCAGGUGCAGCCAUGCCGGAGCAGCAGGAUGAGAUUCGGUUGGACCUGGAAACACAGUUCUGUCUUUCCCAUGUAGUCUUGGUGUUUAGGUCACCGCGGCCUGCUGCCAUGGCCAUCGAGCGCUCAGCUGACUUUGGGAAGACAUGGGAAGCUCUUAAGCUCUUUGCGCACAAUUGCAUCAUAGAGUUUGGUUUGCCUGAUGAUUUAAUUCAGCCAGGGUCUUUGUGUACAUCCCGUUAUACCAGCGCUACACCUUGCAGUGGAGGGGAGGUAAUAUUACGGACACUUGACCCCAGCAGUGCUAAAACAUUGGAUGCUUACAGUCCAGAAGUCCUCACCCGCCUCACCCUCACUAACCUCCGCAUCAGACUGCUAAAACCUCAGAGCUGUCCUGCAUCUCUAAACCCCCCUGCAGCCUGGACAAGCCACACAGCCUCAGCUCCGACUUCCACUUCCACCACAGAAAGCCCAGACUCAGCACCUUAUGCUAUUUAUACUUUACUGGCCAGAGGGACGUGCCUGUGCCACGGACAUGCUGAGUAUUGUGGACCACAGAACAGCAGCCAAGACACAAGACAGGACGGCAGCACGGUGUCUGGUAGGUGCCUUUGUACUCACCACACAGAAGGAGAUCACUGUGAGAAGUGUGCCCCGCUCUACAACGAUCGUCCCUGGAGGCCUGCCAACAGCAGCAGCGGGGAGUCCAACCCAUGCCAGAAGUGUCAGUGCCAUGGUCAUGCAGAUAGCUGUCACUUCUCUCAGCGGGCAUGGCUUUCCUCCGGUGGCACCAGUGGGGGCGUUUGUGAUGACUGUAGACACAACACUGUCGGCCGCAGGUGCCAGCGCUGUCGCCAUGGCUACCACCGGCACCCAUCCUUGCCUCUCAACUCCCCCCACGCCUGCACACGCUGCUGGUGUGAUCCACAGGGCUCUUUGCCUCCUCAUCCUGGAGAGGAGGGACCAUGGUGCCACCCUAGAAGUGGGCAGUGUCACUGCAAAUCUGGUGUAGGCGGCACAAGCUGCAGCCACUGCCUGCCUGGCUAUUGGGGUUUUGGAGAGGAAGGCUGUAAACCCUGCGCCUGCCCCCACAGCUGUGAUCUAACCACUGGGCAGUGUUUAAACAGCUACUCAAAUAAUCAGGUGUUCAAUGUGCCCAUUGGUGGAAAAAUCCCUGAUCUGGACCACAUGUUCACAAUAGAAGAAGACGUGCAGUGGUCAAAGGAGCUUGCAGUCUCUGCUCUGCAUUAUACAGGAAAGUGUAGCUGUAAGGAGAAAAAGCUGAGAAGCGUGUCUGACCUGUGUAAGACCAAACAUGAUUAUGUGAUCAAGGCCAGUGUGUUGUCUGCUCAUGAUAAAGGCAGCCACGCAGAAGUGCAGGUCAAAGUUCGCAAGGUCCUUCGAUCAGACCAAGUGGCGCUCUCCUUGGGGACCAUCAGCAUCUAUCCUCUGUCCUGGACCAGCCGCGGCUGCACCUGUCCUAUCCUAAACCCAGGUAUGGAGUACCUGCUGGCAGGCCCAGAGGAAGCCGGGACAGGCCGUCUGCUUGUCACCAUGCAGAGCGUGGUGGUCCCAUGGACACCCCAACUUGGUCUACUUAUAUCAGAGGGUCUGAGGAAUGGAUGUCCAUGAACCAAAUGAUCCAAACACUGACAGACUUCAAAGUAUUUCACAGAGCUGAUUGAGUCAGCGGACAAUUCAGCAAAGGGACUGAGAUCACUGGAUAACAUGCUGUGUGAAACUAUUAAAGAGUCAAACUCAUGACGAAUCAAGGUCACAGGAUUGAAGGAAGUUACUCCAAAUGUGUGAGUGCGCAGCACAAAAUAAAGACUGAAAUGAAUACCAAA